AUGGCUCCAACGGUUAUCGGUAAACGUCUGGCGAGCCAUUGGGGCUGGUCAUCUGAAGAGCAUCCAAACAGCAUUACCUGGUUUCUUCCACAAAAUACACGAGUCGGUGUCGACCAAUUCUACCGGUUCGGGAUCACGGAAGCCUGGAAGGUGAACCCUUCGUCCGACGGAAAGAUGCGAAUUAUUCUACACUACAAGGAUAGCAUAGACGGUCCCAGUAAGCCGUAUGAGAGACUUACGAGAACUCCCUCCUACCCCGUGCCUGGUACGCCAGAGCAAUUCGAAAUCGGAUUCAUCUACGACUCGGAGAUUGGCGAACGUUGGUCUUUCAAAGAUAUUCUUGGCAGAGCAUGGAUGACUCGCGUUCAGUCUGUCCCUCGCCCGGACGAAGUGGACUACGUCAAUGAUCAGGUCGCAGAGUGGUAG